AUGGUGCCAUACCACCAGAGACAACAGGGCUACCCACAGCAGAACCAACAACAGUUGACAUAUCAGCUACCUCCUCAUCAGCAAGAUAACAACAUGGUAGAGAUCAGGGGGAUGCUCCAGCAACUCAUUGGGACAAAUGGUAAGAUGCAAGAAAAGUUGGCAGUACAUGAUUCAGCUAUAAAGAACAUUGAAACUCAGUUGGGGCAGUUGUCUAUGGCUUUAAACAACCGCCCCCAGGGAACAUUGCCAGCAGAUACAAAUAUUAACCCUAAGGAGCAAAACCCGAAUCAGCUGAUGACAGUAAGUCUCCGGAAUGGGAGAGAUUUAGACAAAGAGCAGGAGGUUGCACAAGCCAGCAAAGAGACUACGCCAUCCACUCCAACUCCACUAGAGGGUCAACAUGAAAAGGGUAAGGCUAAGGUAAAUGAACAAGUUGCAGAACAAGUGGUGCCUCUUGUACCACAGAACCCCAAUAGAAAGAAGCCAGCAAGCAAUGCACAAAGGGAUCUAUCCACAGUGACUCUGACGCAGACCUGCAGCGCAGUAGUGACCAAACCGAUGGCUCAAGAGAUGUUCGACCCAGGUAGCUUCACUAUUCCAUACACGAGUGGGAGUUAUGCCUUUGCAAAGACAUUAUGUGAUUUGGUAGCCAACAUAAAUUUGAUGCCUCUGGCUGUAUACACCAAACUGGGCAUUGGCAGAGCUAGAUCGACUUCGAUGCUGCUGCAGCUGGCUGACCACACGGUAACUGGGAUUCUUAAUGAUGUGUUGGUGCAAGUGGGGAAGUUCGUGUUCCUUGCAGACUUUGUUAUUCUGGACUGUCAGGUAGAUGAGGAGAUACCUAUCAUUUUGGGUAGGCCAUUUUUGGCCACUGGAGAGCACUGA